AUGACAUCUGCAUCCGUGUGUGUUGCGUCAGGCAUGGAAGGGUGCAUCGUCGAGAACGCCAUUCCGCCAGGUGAACGACUGACUGUCAGUCGUUGUGCAGACGAAAAAUUGGGCAGUCGUCGCUGUCGCGAGCUGAAGCAUGCCGUCUCUCCACGCGUGUUGUGUUACGUUUUGUGUGUGCGUGUGCCAAAAUCCACUGCGGACUGUUAUCUUUGUGCUGAAGUAGGGUGGGGGAAGCUGGGAUCGUCCCAUGAGGGAGCGCAGUUGCCCGGGACGAGAUUACGCAUCAAAGUUCGUGAGCAGCACUGCAAAGCAGUCGGCCAAGCCAAAACUACGGCUUCAAUUAUGGCCGUGAUAGGGGAAAGCUGUGCCUCGCUGACCCCGUACGGAGUUGGUGCGACAUUGGCUCAGCUGGGUAGGGGUGGACUGCCGAACGACAGGAAACCCAGAAGGCCGGUCUGCAUUUAUGGACUGGGCUUGACCAGCGCUUUCGAGAGGCCAGCCACCGGCCAGUCGAGACCGAGCAGCCCUGGACCACGUCUUACGACAUCUCGAUCUGCUGCAUCCGUCAGAUCGGGCUCAGAUUCAUCGCGGCCGCCCUCCUCCCUGUCGCGAACGCAACUGCAUUG